UUGGUUGGUCCCAUCGGGAGUGGUGGGUCAGCCUUGCUGUGUUGUACAUCGGCCUAAGAGACGAGAGUACGAGAAUCUGAAUCGCCUUCAGCCGCCUUGAUCUGUAUUUCGACCCUGAAUUCGAUCUUUGAGGUCUAUAUUCGUCUUCGUCAUCACGCGCCUGCUCACAUUACGUUUCCGGCGGUAAUUUUAACGUGGAGAGUAUAGGGACGAACGAAACUAUCAAAGACGUCAACUAUCUCUGUCUACAAAUCGUAUUUCACCAAAGCUUGGCCAGCUCCACUAGAGCUUCGGUCCGUGGAAGAGAUAGCUGCUUUCAAAAAUCGUCUACUACUGUGUCUUACCCGUUCUCGCGGCAGUUACUCGCGCCUAUAUCGAACAAGAGCUCUGUAUCUAAAUCACAACUUUGGUAGUCCGUCAACCUCGAGUCUUUCUUACAUACUGAUUAAGUCGCCAUGUCGGCUAACAAUGUGCUUGUCUACAUUGUGCGCCACGACUUACGUGUCUCUGACAAUCCCAUCCUCCAUCAUCUCGCUUCUACAACCGCCCAUGGAUUCACGCACCUCUUACCUCUCUUUGUCUUACUACCUCACCAACUUGAGGUUUCCGGGUUUCUAAAGGAAGGCGGAAAAUCACCCUUUCCCGAAGCUAAAAGCAAAGUUGGACGCUACUGGAGAUGUGGACCGCACAGGGCUGCGUUUAUUGCCCAAUCUAUUUGGAACCUGAAAGACAACCUAGAGAAAUUAGGAAGCAACUUGACGACUAGGAUAGGGACGUACGAUGGCGUAUUAAAGGCACUCAUUGAUGGUUUGCGACUAAAGGGGCUUAAUGUUGGAGGAGUGUGGGCGAUAGGGGAAGAAGGCUACGAAGAGAAACGAGAUGAGAAGCUCAUAUCGAAGACUUGCUCAAGUCUUGGUAUAGACUUUAGAGCAUGGGUAGAUGAAAAAUACUUCAUCGAUGAUCGAGAUAUAAAAAUCGACAAAGAUGACCUCCCAGACGUGUUUACGACUUAUAGAAAAAUGAUGGAACCAUUACGAGAGAAACCUAGGACGACCUUGUCUACCCCGCAGAAAGAUACAUUGCCCAAGUCCGUCGAAGAGUCUUUAAUUCCAAGGCAGGAAGCGCCCUUCGAUAUCCCGUCUUCAUACGAUGAAUUCGAAGAAGCACUUCUAAGACCUGUUAGGGGAGCGCUGUCUAACGCUCCACCCUUCCCCGAAGGAGCUAAGUCGGCUCAUCCUUUUCGCGGCGGGGAAGAUAAUGCUCAUAGUAGAUUAGAUCAUCUAAUCCAAUCGGGGAGUGUCUCCUUGUAUAAGAGCUCGCGUAAUGGGCUCUUAGGAAGCGAUUUCAGCACAAAAUUAUCUGCCUAUCUUGCACAAGGAUGUAUCACCGCUCGCCAGGUACAUGAUAAACUUGUAGCAUACGAAGAUGGAAAGGAAGAGUCGCUAGCCGAAUCUCAGGGGUAUGGAGAUGGAGAAAACGAAGGGACAAAAGCUAUACGGUUUGAGUUGCUGUGGCGUGACUACAUGAGGCUCUGUACUAGGAAGUUCAAGGAGAAGCUCUUCCUCCGAUCUGGGUUCAGAGAUGAUGGCGCCAACAAAUGGAAAUCGGCUAAGAGUGAGGACAUGGCUGAGGGGCAACAGCAGUCAGCGGACGAAAUUUCAAAGAUAGUGCAGAGAAUAUUCGACGGAACUACUGGGAUGGGACUGAUCGAUGCGUCUCAAAGAGAGCUGUUACACACAGGAUAUACUUCGAACCGUGCCCGCCAGAACGUCGCGAGUUUCCUUGCCAAACACCUCUGUAUCGAUUGGCGUUAUGGUGCCGAGUGGUACGAAAUGCUAUUGGUCGAUUACGACGUUUCAUCUAACUGGGCAAACUGGCAGUACGUUGCCGGGGUAGGAAACGACCCGAGAGGAGAAGCACGGAUCUUCAACCCCGUAAAACAAGCUUUUGAUUAUGACAAGGAUGGGGAAUAUGUGCGUUGCUGGGUACCCGAGGUGCGGAAGCUUGAAAAACUAGAAAAUGUUUUUCAAGCCUGGACGACACCAACAGAAGAUUGGGAUCGAUUUGGCUUGAAAGGCCUCGCUAUGGCCGAAGAUCCGGUGAAGAAGAUUGACUUUUCUGUGGAAGGAAAGCCUAAAAGUUCCAAACGACCGUUUGUCCGGCGACGCGGCCGAGGUCGCGGGGGGAACAAUCCCACUACGCAGUCUUCGUCUUCUACGACUGAGCAAUCACCAAGAGACACGAAAGAUGCCGAUAGACUCAGUAAGAAUGAGAAAUCAGGUAACAGGCCGCCCAGCAAUCCCGCCCAGCCAAACUUACCCGAAAGUCAUCGUGGCAAUUUUCGAGGCGGACGAGGAUACGGUGGAGCCUACCGAGGUCGUGGCUUUCGUGGAUCGAGAGGAGGGUACCGGGGUCGGGGUCCGCCGAACUAUGGUCAACCACCACCGCCGGUGCAGCAAUUAGCUCCAGCCGAACAAGCGCAAUAGGAUUCCUUUUAUCGUACAACGAGCUAUUACCCGCUGCCAGUGGAUUUCCCUCCUUGGGGUACUGUACUGUUCUACGGAGCUGAUAUCAGCGAAAAUCACUACCUCAACGCAUUUCUACAACCUCCAUGCCCCUAGGCACGAUAUACUGACAAGGAGUGGGUUUUCAGAUAUAUUCAAUGGGCCGGACGAAUCUCAUUGCUUACUAGUUUUCUCUCAUUUUGUCGCUCAAAAAAAGUUGU